AGUACUGGAGAUCAUCAGAGUGGGCGAGUCUGGCCUGGCGCCGGUGGAGUCGAGCAGAAGCUCUGAUCCCUGUAGCAUCAAGGUCAGCCCACUGAUACCUACAGUACCGCAUUGCAUCACCAGCGCAAGGGGAAUGCCACCCAGGUCGCUUUGUUAUGGCGGAUGGUGCGGGGCCAAUCCAAUCACAUGGCCCCGUCCCGCUGCCAGAUCAACGAAGGAGGGGCAGGGAGUCAUGAUCAUCGUCAUAUCAGUAGCUCUCCUUUGCUGCCCCCCCAACCAGCAGAUGUCAGACCCCAGCUCCAUAUUAAACAGAGUUGGCUCCCAUCUCUUCUCCUCUUACCGUUGCUUCCCCGCAACUUCUCUUCAACCAUCAUCAACAAAGACCCUCUCUGAUAACUACCUGCCAUACCUUACCUGUCUUGCCAUUCUAUCCAGCUGAGCCCAAAGUAUCUUGACCGAUCCAGCAAAAUGGCCGACGACAACAAGACCAGCCAAUCUCCCAUCGACAAUGCUCCCAUCGACGACACUCCCAUCUCCCCCAGCCGGCCAAAUCCGGAGCGCAAGAACUCGCUGGUGCAGCAUCUGAUGCACCGGCCCGAACGGGAGGAGCUGGUUCAGAAGAACAUCCUCCCCGCCUCCACCGCCGCCCCAAGCCUUCUAGCCCACCAGAAGGAGCUCGAGAGGCACAUGCGCGCCAACUCGCUCAACGAGAAGAUCGCCCACCGGCCGUCGCCCGAGGAGCUGGUGCGCGGCGGCGUGCUGCACGGGGACCCGCGGUCGCCCGAGGAGAGGUACGCCGAGGCGAUUGAGGACGAGUACGCCAAGCGGGAGGGCGGCGCUUGAUGAUGCUUUCCUGGUCGAUUACCUCCCCCAAAAAGGGGGCUUGUUCUCGCUGCCCUCCGUUACCCUCUCCGUGUGUGUGUGUGUGUGUGUGUGGGUUUCCCUGUAAUCCGAUAACGGUAUGGGGCUUGGUUGCUCUGGGCUAAUGCGUGGUCUUUUUUCCCCCUUUCUCUUUUCCUCGGACGUGCUUUGGAGUUUGGUUUGGCUUCGUGAGAAACAGCCCAAUAUUGUUGGAUGCCUGAUGCUAUGAUGCUAGGACUCGGCGGAGUUGCUUUGGCCGGAACUCAAGUAUGGAUCAGGGCUUGACUGGG